AUGGCGACGAUCGAGACGAGGCCGUAUAGCCGUGAAUAUUCGGGCCUGGUGUCGCAAGCGGCGAUCGCGAGCGUGGUACUUGGUCUCUCGGUCACAAUCUUUGAACUCAUGCGACGAAAGCGACGAAAGAUUCCGUCACAGAGGAACGAACAAGGCGUUUUGGGAAGCGUUGACAGCUGGGAAUUUGGAUACCUGUAUCAAGCUCGGUGUUGGGCCAAGGUCCCCGCUCCCCCCUUGCCCCCUCGGCCUCUUUCAUGGGUACGACAAGUACUAUUAAUAAGAGAACCCGAUCUGUUUCGCAUGGUCGGUACAGACGCUACAGUAUAUAUUCGGUUCCUCGUCGGCUGCGUCUUCUUUGUUGCCCUUCAUGGGUGCACCACUUUGCCUAUCCUCCUGCCAUUACACGUCACUUAUGCGCCACCCUCGGUCUCCCCCCGUUCUAUGACUCGUGCCUCUUUAUCCAGUCUAAUUGACUCGGAUGCAUUCGGUAUAGAUCGAGAGAGCUAUCGGGGCAAUCUGAAGCUCUUGAGUGUGCACGUUGCUGUUCUUUGGUGGAUGAGCUUGACAUGGAUUGGGACCUUGUUGUGGAUAUGCCGAGGCGCUUUCAGGCUUCGUGAGGCCAUGGUUCAGGAUGCCAGAAAGGAGCGGGAGAUAUAUCUCAAGCAGAACAAUGGUGUCCCCAAUCCCCAUCAGGGAUGGAGGUUGAGGUCAGUUAUGGUUACCGAUAUUCCGAGCGGGCUCAGGGACGAGAUGAGGUUAGCCGAAUACUUCAAGCGUUAUCUCUCUAAAGACCUCAAGGUCUCUCCAUUAGCACCUGUUCUAGCACCGUCCCCAGGCAUCCGCUCCUUUGCGGUCAACAAACUUUGGAGGUGGGGCAAAUCUGCAACUAUGACGGCUCCCCCAACUUGCGAAGCCCAAGUUUCAGCCUCCGAGAACAAGCGUCUCGUCGAGAUCGAGAAAGUGGUCUUGGUACGCAAAACAACCGAACUUGCGUCAUUGUUGGAACGCAGGGAGGAGGUACUGAGACGUCUAGAACAUGCGCACAUCAAGCUUGCCACCAAAGUUUUACUCGCUGUGAAACACAAGAUGCAGCAUCCUAAUUCUCGAAGGACCCCAAUGAGCACACCCCCUGGCAGUAUCGUCGUCCGACCAUCCAAGUCUAAAUCUCGCCCCGCUUCAACGGACGGAGUGGCCAAUAGGGAGACCGACAACAACCAGCCCGAUUAUGAUGACAACAACCCGAUUCCCUAUGCACUUGCCAGUCCUAAAGCUCGGGAAAAUGUUCCUCGGGUAAUGCUCGCCCCGGCUACUCCUCCAGGGACGCACACAAGGAACCGAUCAGUACAGGAGGGAUCCUCUGGCGAGCCAGGUCAAGAAUCGAAUCGUCAAAGCGGUAUAACGGAAUAUUACACUCCUGCUACCCCAACCAGGCCCACGCUCAUUAUUGGCGCACCCCCUCGACCCGAGCCUCCGCGUCGUCCUCCCCCAGCCAUCCCUGCAUCGUCCGGCCGACCUCCGGUACCGCACCGAGUACCACCUCCUAUUCCUCCUCGAACACCCCAGACUCACAAGAUCGCGGACAUGUCACGCCUGGAUGUAGCAACUCCUGUGCAAGCAACCCCGCCUGUUAGCCCCGGCACGGCUGCCGCCGAGAUGGGCUUCAAUAUUCGCCCCAAAGGAAAAAUGUCUACCGGAUCCCAAGGGGAGCCAGGGUCCACCGGACACCAUCGAGGCAGCAUCGGUCCGUUUGACAAUGAUGUCACAAGCCCAUACCUCACGGAGAACGGAAUCGACGAGGACGAUGAUGACGAGGGUCUGGACCCCCUUGGUUUGGGACGCAGGGCAGGGAAACCUUUGUUUGCGAGGAAUAAAGAAACCGAAGGCCUUACUCGGCCUGUCCCUUCCAGGAGGCCAAGCCAGAAGCCAUUGAUGGAGGCCCGCGACCUCCUUUCGGCUCGAGAGAUCACGUUCGAAGACCGAGAUGAAGUUCUGGAGAGAAACAAGCGACUCGUCGAAACUAUCGGGCCAUUCGUAUACGAGUUUGGACUAUUGGAGCGACCAAAGGAUAAAGGGAAAAAAAGAGCAAAGUUGAAUAGGCAGUCAAGCGAUAUCGACGAUCCUCUUGAGCCUCCCGAGGCCCCGUUCAAACGCUCAAGCGGACGUGGUUGGCGGUUUUCUUCUGGUAGCAGUUGGCUGUCAGUUUUUACCCAGUCAUCCACGACCGCUGCCAAUUCUCGGUCACGGGCUUCCUCUCAAUCAACUGGCAAAACUUUGGUCAACGCCCCCGGGUUUGGGUUUUCGGCACAGGUUCUCCGUACGCACAUGUUGUCCACGGAGCAAGACACUGUUGGGCCAAGUGACGUCCGCCAAGUUAACCCAGGAGAGACUAUUUGGGACGCGAUUCACUCUUUACCUCGAUCAGAUUUGGAUGCCUACCAACCUUUAAUCAACCUUUCAGCACUCUUCCGAGGCCGGACAGUCCCCGCCAUUGAUUUCUUUACCACAAAACUCGCCCUUCUCAGCGCUCUCAUCGACGAGUCUCGGGGUGGCUGCCGGGAGGAUGCAACCCCUGCCAGCACCGCAUUCGUCACGUUCAAGGAUCCAAGGGACGCGAGACGUGCGGUAAAGGAGCUUGCCGCCCACCCCAAGAACGUCUUGGCAUGCGUCGUUACACCUGCACCUGACGUUCGAGAUAUAGAUUGGGGGCGGGCGAUGAAGAGUACCUAUACCGGAGAGUUUGUGAAGGAUUGGGUUGUGAAUAUGGGUGUUUGGGGUUUCACGGUGCUCUGGAUUUUCCCGGUUUCGCUUCUAGUUGGUCUUGUGUCCAUCGAUAACCUGUCUCGAUUCAUCCCUGAGCUGGCUACAUAUCUGCGAAGACACUACGUACAGAAGGAAUUGAUUUCCUCGUUCUUGCCUACUUUGCUGGUCGCUUUGCUUGCUAUCCUCAUCCCACUAAUAUUAUUUUUCAUCGCGAAAAAGGCGCACAACAUAAUCACGUUCUCCCGCUUGCACGAUAGGAUCCUGACUAGGUAUUACAAGUUCCUAGUUUGCAAUGUUGUAAUUUUCUUCUGUAUCGGUGUUUCGGUCCUUCAAUCAUUCCUCACCUCAUUCGGUCAACAAAUAACGAAUGUGGUUACCCUGAUCGCUGGUUAUAUUCCGUCUGUGCACCGUUCUUCGUGGGGUGUGAUUUUCCAAACCGGGAUACACGCAGGUCUUGAGCUUGGAUUGUUUGGUGUAUCUGCCAUUGAUUGUCUAUCCCGCGAUGGCACGUGGGGCAACAACACCCAGGCGACGAGAGAGUUGGCCCUCACUCAUCUUCGAUCUUCCAGACUGGCUCCCGAAUCAUCUACUCGUUGUCAUAAUUACACUAUUGUUCUCCAUUCUGAACCCCUUAAUCCUGCCGUUUUCAUUGCUGUACUUCGUUGUCGCAUUAGGCAAGUACGCUAUGGCUUAACUACAAGUUCAAUACUAAUCGUACUCCCGAAAUUGGCAGUUGUCUUCAAACACCAAUUUGUUCACGUGUAUCGAAAGAUUUACGACGGAAAUGCAGUGAACAUCGUCAUCAGGAUUCUUCGUUAUUCACUAGACGGAUUAAUGCUUUCUCAAGUUGUCUUAAUGGCCAUAAUGCUCCUGUUACGCCAAACCAUUCAAGCUGGGGUCAUCGGAACAGCCUUAGUUUUGACCGCUUUGGCUAAACUAUACCUGACCAGAGUUUCUCGUGCCAAAUUCGAAGCCGCCGAUAAAGCGGAAGCGAAAGCUGCCUGCGGACUGGAUUCCCGAACGACCCAGCCCAAAGCCGACGAAAAAUAUUUGGAUUGCGAAGCCCAGGAUGUCAAUACUGCUAGCACGGGUCAACUUAGUCGAAUUACACAACGAGUCACGGAAUGGCACUCUCCAACCAACAUCGAUAUGUAUUCAACACUUCCUCGACUUCGUUCAAAACCGACAGGCAGACAAGAAAAUCCAUUUAAACCUCAGCCUCCUCCACUACCUCCUCGUCCAAUUUCUCAUAUCGAGACCCCGGCUCGCUCCACCCACCUUGCUCCUCCGCCUCUCCCAGAACGUCGCAUCCCCAGAUUGGCCUCAUGGGAGACGUUCCGGGCUGAUGUGCCAUUGGUUGUUCCUCACACUGGAAGGGAGCCUUGGGAUGAUAGCCCCGACAAUACUGCGACGUAUGACAACCCAUACUAUACCCAACCAGUCCCCGAGUACCUCUGGUUGCCUAAAAAUCCCCUUUCACUACUCGACCUCAACGACACAGUUGACCUUCACCGUGCUCUCACUUCUGAAGCUGAUGGUGGUGAUAUGACCGAGUCAAUAAUGUUGGACGAUGAAGCGGCGGUCGGCAGUUUUAGGGAUGACGCAAGUAUGGAUCCAUUUACAGAGUUUACCGGGGAAGAGGACAUUGCGCUUUCCUCAAUCAUUAGGGAUAGGCUUGAUCAUGGGGAUGUUGGAGAAGACUUUGACUAUCAUGAUGGCGAUACCAGCUCUAUAUUCUCCCGUCGCCCCUCUGGUGGUACGGUUGCUUCAAGGCGCCUACGCUCCCCCAACGCUCAUCGGUCAUUUUCUGCUGGGGUCCGAAGAUCGGGAGGAAACCUCCUUACUCCGAUUACACCCAAUCGGCUUCGUUCCCAUUCGGUUGGUGUAGGCGUUGAUCCUGCUUUACAACCGAACUUGAAUGUCCAAGCACAAUUUCUACCCAGCGAGCAUGGUGUUGCACCUCCCACAAUCCGCAGACUUGGCUCAGGACUCUCUCUCGGCAGACGUAGCGUUGCCGACAGACGGAGUCAAGAGGAAACACCCUGCCGCCUCAACCGCCCCCGAGCGAACACUGGUGCCAGCGUGGCCGUCACAGUUCGUGAGGCACUUCUCAGAGAAGUCUGCGAAGAAGAACGGACAGCCACUGAGGAGCGUAUUCGACAGGAGUUGCAGGAAUCUGAACACCUUACCGCACCCCGCAAAUGGACGGCAUGGAUGUAUGCCAAGGUCACGUCCCAAGAUCACGAUGAUCCAAUUUAA